CGGCGCAGCCUCGAUUGUAGCCCAACGUAGUCCGACCGACGACAGACAAGCGACCGACAGCGGCAAGCGGCACGGCAGUGUUGUGACGGCGAGUGUGUGUGCGAUGCUCGGACGGUGAUCGCAGCAUGGUGAAUUACGUUAACCCGCUCGCCAUGUACCAAGGCAAGGGCGGCCAGUACGGCGCGGGCGGCUGGUACGGCUGGCAGCAUCAGAACUAUGAGGAGCAGCAGUGGUCGGCGUGGAACGCCGCGCCCGCUGGGGAAUGGCCUGCGGAGCCGCACCACUUCCCGAAGCGUGAGCCAGGCGAGCGGGAGGUCGGGGAGAUGCCCUCGCCGGCGAGAGGGGACCUGGCCAGCCCCGGGGAGAGCUCGCCGGGCGCGCGCUCCUCGCAGCCCGCGCACCCGCCGCACCCGCCCGGCCCGCCGCGCUCCCCCUACGAGUGGAUGAAGAAACCCAACUACCAGACGCAACCUAAUCCAGGUAAAACACGAACAAAAGAUAAAUACCGUGUCGUGUACACGGAUCACCAGCGACUGGAGUUGGAGAAGGAGUUCCACUACAGUCGGUAUAUCACAAUCCGACGCAAGGCAGAGCUCGCGGCUAGUCUUGGACUCUCAGAGAGACAGGUAAAAAUAUGGUUUCAAAAUCGUCGCGCCAAGGAGCGCAAACAGGUGAAGAAACGCGAAGAAGUCGUGAUGAAAGAAAAAGGCGAUCACGCGUCGUUGCAGCACGCGCAGCUGCACCACGCGACCAUGCUUCAUCACCAGCAGAUGAUGAACGGUAUGAUGCAUCACCAUCACUAUCACCAAGGUGUCUUACAAGGGGUACCAGAGCCGCUUGUCCCCGGAGUGCCGCCGGUCCCCCUGCUGUGACCGCAGCAACAGAACUUUAGUAUUCACACUGAUGCCUAUGGACAGUGAGUGAAGUGACAGUUUUAACUUAAAACCACUAGUGUGUGUAAACAUUAUGACUACUGCAUUAAAUAGACUUGAUCUUUGUAAUAUAUGUGAUAAAUUAGUGCAAUAUUCUCGUGAGAAUAUGUAUGUACACUAACGUACAAGGUGACUUGUAUUCAUAUAGGUAAAGUAUGGUGGCUACCCUGAUACUGUCAUCGUAUGGCAAUCGCCAUGUACGCCUCUAGUACUCAGGCUUUAUUUAAUAAUGACAUUCUUUUAUUUUAUUAAUAAUUGUGAACAUGUAUAACGCUCUUAAUGGAUAAAGUCCGCGAACUAGGGCUAUGAACUGUAUAAACUUAAUAUUAUUUUUGACCCUGAACGGACAUAGGUAGUCAACAAUUAACGCGUUCAUUAAUGUUUUUGGU